UCCACCCAAUAGUCAUGUGCAUGUGCAGCCAGUCUUCAUAACAUACACAGCCAAAGUAAGAGCGAGAAAGAAGAGAGAGAGAGAUGGCUGGUUGGGCUAUAGCGGUGCACGGCGGCGCCGGUGUGGACCCUAACCUCCCACCGGAGCGUCAAGAGGAAGCCAAACAACUCCUCACUCGAUGCCUUAAUCUUGGCAUCUCUGCUCUUCGCUCUUCCCUCCCCGCCAUUGAUGUCGUCGAACUCGUUGUAAGGGAAUUGGAAUCGGAUCCUCUGUUUAAUUCUGGCCGUGGAUCUGCUCUAACUGAGAAAGGAACGGUGGAGAUGGAGGCCAGCAUCAUGGAUGGGCCCGGGAGACGAUGCGGAGCCGUUUCGGGCAUUUCAACAGUGAAAAACCCGAUCUCACUCGCCCGACUCGUCAUGGAGAAAUCCCCGCAUUCCUAUCUGGCCUUCUCUGGAGCCGAAGAUUUCGCUAAGCGACAGGGUGUUGAAAUGGUGGACAAUGAGUACUUCAUCACGGAGGACAACGUAGGCAUGCUCAAAUUGGCAAAGGAAGCAAACACCAUCAUGUUUGAUUAUAGGAUCCCACUCACCGGGAUGGACAAGUGCAGUGCUGCAGUUGAUAGCCCAUUACACAUGAACGGGCUGCCAAUCAGCGUGUACGCGCCCGAGACAGUCGGGUGUGUGGUGGUGGACGGCCAGGGCCGGUGCGCGGCAGCCACUUCCACCGGUGGGCUCAUGAACAAGAUGAUGGGUCGAAUUGGUGAUUCUCCAUUGAUCGGAGCUGGGACCUAUGCGUGUGAUCUCUGUGGGGUCUCAUGCACUGGAGAGGGUGAGGCAAUCAUAAGGGGGACCUUGGCUCGGGAGGUGGCGGCUGUGAUGGAAUACAAGGGCUUGGGCCUUCAAGAGGCCGUGGACUUUGUGAUAAACAAGAGACUAGACAAAGGGUUUGCUGGGUUGAUUGCGGUGUCCAAUAGUGGUGAAGUGGCUUAUGGGUUCAACACAAAUGGGAUGUUUAGGGGCUGUGCUACUGAAGAUGGGUUCAUGGAAGUUGGUAUUUGGGAAUAGAUGUGUAUACCAUGUAGUUGUAUCUUGCUUCGGUGGUUGUACUUCUUUUUUUUUUUUGGACAAUAAAUGAUGAUGCACUUUAAUUGGUGCAGUUAAUUUUA